UCUAAAUUGAUCAAAGCUCAAGAAGUAUAAAUACAAUAUUAAUUUAUUUCACAAAACAGAUUCAUUGAACAGUAUAUUUCUUGCAAUCAAAUUCACAAUGCAACUUUUAAUUUUACUGAUAAUUGGAAUUCUAUCAAUAUCUCAUGCUUAUAUUUUAAAAACAAAUUCACUCGAACCGAGAAUUAUAAAUGGAACAGAUGCUAAAAUUGGAGAAUUUCCUUAUAUGGUUUCUCUGCAAAGUCUUCAUUUCAAUGACCAUAUUUGCGCUGGAUCUAUUAUAAGCAGUAGAUAUGUAUUAACUGCAGCUCAUUGUGUUAUACUUCAGUCGAGAAGAAAUAUGAAAGUAGUAUCAGGCUCAUUAAAAAUAAAUGAACCAAAGUCUAUUCAUUAUAUUGAAAAAAUAAUUUUUCAUAAAAAAGUUAAAUACAAAAGUAAAUCGUGGGAAAAUGAUAUUGCUUUAGUCAGGGUAAUAGAAAGUUUUAAGACAAGUAAGACGAUAAAACCAAUAACUCUACCUAAACCCAAAAUGAUUAUAAAAGACAAUCAAAAAGCUGUUAUUUCUGGAUGGGGUCCUCUUAAACUUGGAGGUUCUAACUCGAAUAAUUUACAAAAGGCUAAUAUUUUCAUAGUUAAACAAAGCUUUUGCGUAAACACGUAUAAGAAAAAAAAUUUGACAAUUUACAAUUCUCAAUUAUGUGCUUAUGAUCCAAAAAUCCAAAGAGGAGCUUGUAUGGGAGACGCUGGUGGUCCUUUAACUAUAAAUGGAGUUCUCGUUGGUAUUGCCUCAUGGGGAUAUAAUUGUGCACAAACAGACUACCCAUCAGUUUAUACCAGAGUAACUGAAUAUCUUAGUUGGAUUAAGGCAAACUCAUAAUUAUAAACAAUAUUUUUUCUCACUGUUGUAAAAUUCAUUCUCCAAUGUAUAAUAUAGAAGAAAUUAUUAAAUUUUUUCUAGAGGUUUUAGAAUUAAAAAUAUUUACUACA